AUGGAGUUCCAUUCUAGGACAAGUAGUGAGAGUAGUGAGAGCAGUGUAGAGCCGCAGGAGCUGGGCUCUUAUGAGCCUGCCUUCACGGACCAUUAUGAAAUUCUUAAGGGCAUUGGGCACGGGGGCUUCGCUAAGGUGAAACUUGCCCGCCAUAUCAUCUCUGGGACAGAAGUUGCGGUGAAGGUCUUGGCAAAAACAGCCUCGAACCUCCCGGUACUGUCUGAACCGGAUUUGCUGGCGAGCUUGGACCACCCAAAUGUGAUCCAGCUCUUCCAGGUCAUUGAGACCACCAAAUAUAUGUACAUUGUUAUGGAGUAUGCAGGUGGGGGACAUCUACGGUACCUCGUCUCGGAACCCGGUGGCAUGCCAGAGGAGGAGGCCCGCAGGCUGUUUAGGCAGAUGGUCCAAGCCGUGCAGUACUGCCAUGAGAGGGGUAUCGUGCAUCUGGACCUCAAGCCGGAGAACAUCGCCCUGGAUGCCAGCUGUAACGUGAAACUCAUCGACUUUGGCCUGAGCACCAGAUUCACACCUGGGCAGAGGCUGAGCAGUUUCUGGGGCACUCUCCUAUACCUUCCCCCUGAAUUUGCCCAACGGAAAGACUUCGAGGGACCCCCGGCAGAUGUCUGGAGCCUGGGCGUCAUCCUGUACUUCAUGCUCACUGGAAACAGCCCAUUUAUGGCAAACACCGCUUGGGAGGUGAGGAGGCUGAUCUUAGAGGGAACAUAUGACAUUCCCCUGUAUAUUUCCCAGGGAGCUCAGAGCCUCAUCUGUGAGAUCCUGAAGCCAGACCCCUCCCAGAGGGCCUCCCUAGAGCAGAUAUUGGGGCACCCAUGGCUGAGUCAGGGUGAGGAAGCUUCACCCAGUACUUCUGGUGAGGCACUCCCCAAACUCCCAGAUCCCACAAUAAUAACAACCAUGUUCAACAUGGGUUAUGACCCCUAUAACACCUGGGUGUCCCUGAAAAAUAAAAAAUAUGAUGACGCCAUGGCUACAUAUCUCCUGCUCAAGCACCAGAGAGCUCAGAAGGAGGGCCACGAGUGCCAAUCAAAGCGGAUUAAUCGUAUGGUGAUUGAGCUUCCCCUGUGCCCUGUGGAUACUUCUAGCAUCCUCUACAUGAAACAGUCCAGUGAGCCUGCCCUUCCUAUGUCCUGGGAGCAGAAGCAGCUUGAGGAGGCUACACAGUCCUGGCAGGAGGGUGGUAGAAGUGCCAGUGUGCCAGCCAUUCCCCUCCGCUUUUUCCACAUGGACCCACCCCCUCCCAGCCUACCCUCCCAGCUCGACCCUGUGCCCAGCGGCCCCGACCCCUCCAUGAGCCUCAGGAGCAGGGUCGCAGAAGAGGGCAGCUCAUCCUCCCCAGGCACCUCCACGGAACAGUCACAGGGUCGCAUAGGGCGUUGGAAGAGGGUGAGGAAGAGGAUCUCCAGCUGCUUCAGACAGCUGUGCUGUGUGCCUUGCUUCAGUCGGUCAGUGCUCAAGAACAGAGUGGCUCCAGAGGAAAUGCCCAGCCGAGACCAGCGGAACCAGCGGACAGCCAGGAGACCCUGA